UAUGUAGGAAUGUAGGUAUUUCAUAAACAUUGUCAGUGUUGCCAAUAUUUCAAAUAUAAAUUAAAAUAUUACGUUUGCUGACGUCAACGUCACGAGUUACAUAACCUCAAAUUUCAUCAAAAUAAACAAAAACAAAAUGGAUUAUAAAAUUCUAGACAGCCCCAGCGUAUGCAGGACGUGCAUGACCAAAGCGUCAGAAACCUUUCCAAUGUAUAAAGAGGACAUCUCCAGUCCCUCAACGAGCGAACAAAUUUCUCUUCUGACUGAACUCACGUUUUCAGAGGACGACGAACUACCUUCGAUCAUCUGCAAUGAAUGCCUUACAAAACUGAAUGUCGCAUACAAUUUUCGCAAGCAAUGCAUAGAAAGUGACACAAUUUUGCACAAACUGUUGUUAGAAAAGAAAAACGCAGUCACCAACACAGAAUCUAGGCAAAAUGAGAACUGCAUGGUUCCACUGCCAGAAAAUGAGGAAGCCAACACUACAAUAUACGUCUGCGAAAUCUGUAAAAAGGAAUACAUGCAAAAAAGUAGUCUCUUAACGCAUAUGCGGACUCACACAGGCGAAAAACCCUUUCUUUGCCACUACUGUGGUAAAAAUUUUAUCAGAUCAGACGAAUUGCUACGACACGUACGAAUACACACUAACGAACGUCCCUACAUCUGUAAAAUCUGCAAUCAAGGUUUCAAACAGAAAUUUCACCUAUCAGAGCAUGAAAGAUCACACAGUCGCCUCAAAGAAUACAAGUGUGACGAGUGUGGAAAAAGCUUUGCUCGUUAUGGAGUCCUACGGACGCACCAGCGCACCCACACAGGCGCUAAACCGUACAAGUGCCCCUUCUGCUCUUCAAUGUUCGUGGCAUCAGACACAUACAACCGUCAUUUACGCACCCACAGCUCAGGAAAACCCUUUCAGUGCAAUGACUGCAAACGCAGCUUUUCACAAAAGGCGCAUUUGAAAGCGCACGUUAGAACGCACUUGGGGCUUCGCCUUCAUGUUUGUAGCAUUUGCUCUAAAAGUUUUACGCGAAAGCAUGGUCUAAAAGUCCAUCUAAUGUCGCAUUCAGGGGAAAAACCGUUUCUGUGUGACACGUGCGGCAAGAAUUUUGCUCGAUCCGACGAUUUGAAAAAACACAGCAGGACGCAUAGUCAAGAGAGACCUUACUGUUGUGCUGUGUGUCCAAAAACGUUUUCGCGGGGUUUUAACUUGCUGGAACAUGUGCGAGCGCACAUUAACGAAAAGAAUUUCGAAUGUGGUGUGUGUAGUAGGGGAUUUACGAGAAAUGGGGCGCUGCGAGCGCAUCUACGGACGCACACGAAGGAGUACGUGGACAGACAAUUCAGUUGUAAUAUUUGUAUGAAGAGGUUCAGCGUGGGUUAUUCGCUAAAUAAACAUAUGUUGGUACAUAGUGGAGAGAAACCAUAUAGUUGCAAAAUUUGCCUAAAGGGGUUCACCCAGUCUGGACAUUUGGACGCCCACUUGAGAAUCCACACUGGCGAAAAACCUCAUGUUUGUCAAAUUUGCGACAAGUCGUUUCCUGUGAGGUCGCGUUUGACAGUUCACAUGCGAACUCACACAGGGGAAAAACCUUACGUUUGUACCGUCUGUGGGAAAGGUUGUACCACUUCCACAAUGUUGAAAGUACACGUAAGGACCCACACCGGGGAAACCCCCUACCAUUGCCCAACUUGUUCCAAGUCUUUUUCACGGUCGGAUCUUUUAAACACCCACAGACGAAUCUCUAGUCACUAAUUUAUUAAUAAAAACAAUUGCAAAACUA